GGUGGAGUUGGACGGUGGUUCAUUAUAUAAAUUAAUAAUAAUCAAAAUCUCUCAGCAACAUUCAUUAUCUAUCUCUCUCUCGUCUCCUUCCCCUAUAACCACCACUCGUUUAAACAGAGAAACCCCAAAAAAAAAAAAAAGGCUCUCCCUUUUUUUGUUUUGUACUUCUGGGGGAGAGAGAGAGCUGUAAUGGCGAACUUGGUCUUAUCAGAAUGUGGGAUAAGACCACUCCCCAGAAUCUACACAACACCCAGAUCCAAUUUCGUCUCUAACAACAACAAACCCAUCUUCAAAUUCAGACCUUUUACUUCUUACAAAACAUCAUCGUCUCCUCUCGCUUGUUCACGAGAUGGGUUCGGUAAGAAUUGGUCUUUGAAUGUGAGUGUACCAUUGACGACGACAACACCAAUAGUUGAUGAGUCUCCAUUAAAGGAAGAAGAAGAAGAGAAGCAGAGGUUUGACCCAGGUGCUCCUCCUCCGUUCAAUUUAGCAGAUAUCAGAGCAGCUAUACCUAAGCAUUGUUGGGUUAAGAAUCCAUGGAAGUCUAUGAGUUAUGUUUUGAGAGAUGUCGCUAUCGUCUUUGCAUUGGCUGCUGGAGCUGCUUACCUCAACAAUUGGAUUGUUUGGCCUCUCUAUUGGCUCGCUCAAGGCACCAUGUUUUGGGCUCUCUUUGUUCUUGGUCAUGACUGUGGACAUGGAAGCUUCUCUAAUAAUCCGAGGUUGAACAAUGUGGUGGGACAUCUGCUUCAUUCCUCUAUUCUGGUACCUUACCAUGGCUGGAGAAUUAGCCACAGAACUCACCACCAGAACCAUGGACAUGUUGAGAACGACGAAUCUUGGCAUCCUAUGUCUGAGAAAAUCUACCAGAGUUUGGACAAACCGACUAGAUUCUUUAGAUUCACACUGCCUCUUGUGAUGCUUGCAUACCCUUUCUACUUGUGGGCUCGAAGUCCGGGGAAAAAGGGUUCUCAUUACCAUCCUGAAAGCGACUUGUUCCUCCCUAAAGAGAAAACGGAUGUUCUCACUUCUACAGCUUGUUGGACUGCAAUGGCUGCUCUGCUUAUCUGUCUCAACUUCGUUGUUGGUCCAGUUCAAAUGCUCAAACUCUACGGGAUUCCUUAUUGGAUAAAUGUAAUGUGGUUGGACUUUGUGACGUACCUGCAUCACCACGGUCAUGAAGAUAAGCUCCCUUGGUACCGUGGCAAGGAAUGGAGUUACCUGAGAGGAGGACUUACAACAUUGGAUCGUGACUAUGGAGUGAUCAAUAACAUCCACCAUGACAUUGGAACGCAUGUGAUACAUCAUCUUUUCCCACAGAUCCCACAUUAUCAUCUUGUAGAAGCAACGGAAGCAGUUAAACCAGUAUUAGGGAAGUAUUACAGGGAGCCUGAUAAGUCUGGACCUUUGCCAUUACACUUACUGGGAAUUCUAGCAAAAAGUAUCAAAGAAGAUCAUUACGUGAGCGACGAAGGAGAUGUUGUAUACUAUAAAGCAGAUCCAAAUAUGUAUGGAGAGAUCAAAGUGGGAGCAGAUUGAAAUGAAGCAGGCAGAGAUAGAGGGAGAAGCUGUGAAGUUCUUCUAUUUCUGACCAGCUGCAUUUUUUUUGUUUACUAUCAAUUUAUUGUGUCACCCACCAGAGACAAAUCAGAUCAGAUCAGAUGGAAACAAAAAAAUGUGUUUUUAAUAUCUGAAUCUAUAUAAUAUAUGUUGCACUAUCUUAGAUUCAUCCUUAUGAAGGUUUAUAAAUAUUUUGUAACUGGAUGAUUAAAACAAACCAAACAUUUUUAGUUUGAUUA